AAUAACAACUUUAUCAACUAGCCGCGGUGAGGACUGAGGAUGGCGUCGCUGUGCGCGCGUAAUAUGCAUCAUGCAUCGGCCCACUUCCAAAUCGUCUGACGUGGCAACCCGGGCGACGUGAAUUUCCAAAACUGUCCCCACGAUUUUCUAUGUAAAGCUAAACUAUAAUCUGAAAUGAAUAGAGAAAUAGUAUAGUAGGAACUACUAAAAGGAGGGAAAUGGCGGGAUCUGUAGCUUUGAGACCAAGCCAGCACGCAGAGAAGUUAGCGACCGCCAUUAGAGAGGGUUGGGAGGUCGAGUUCUCUCGCUUCUUCAGCUACCCUAUCCUCUCUUCCACCUCUCCCCAUCUUCUUCCUCUCCCUCCCUACCUCCGUAAUCGUCGUCCGCUCGGCACCUGGAUCACUUCCAUGUCCCCUGCUUGGCUCCAACUCAUCAAUGUCCGCUCCCACCCAAGCGUCAUCCUCACUGUCUUACUCGGAGGCGAAAUGCAGGAGGAACACUACGUUUCGAGGUUGAACUUCGCCUGGCCUCAAGCGUCGUGCUUCUCUGGAUUUCCUGCCAGGGGUACCAGGGCCGUGAUUGUUAGCUACAGAGAUUCCGUAGGAGAAGUACAGAAGUUCGCUCUGCGAUUUUCUACAAUUUGUGAAACUGAAGCAUUCCUCAGUUCUAUAAAGGAUAUAUUGAAUGGUGCUAGUGACGUUGUUCCUCUUAAUAAUGAGUUUGGAUCAACAAUUUCAUCACAAUCUCACUUCAUGUCUUCAAACACACCCUUACCUCGAGCCGCCGAGGACGUGAGAGUGAUGACUCCUGUUCUGGCUUAUUCUCCUGAAUUGCCUACAAUCGCAAAGAUCGAAGCCGCACAACACUCGCAUUUCCAAGAAAGGACACCGACGGCUCACAAUUUCGGUACCAACUUUGCAGCGUUUCCUCCCAGCUUCACCCAAUUGCUGACCAGCUAUACUCCCAAUAUUGGACAUGUGAUGCUAGCUACAGCAAAUUCAACUUCAUUCGAGGAAAAUGAAGUCAAGUCGCUACUCGUGAAAUAUCUGGAAGAUUCUUCUUUCAAUGAUAUGUUGACUAAAGUGGAUAGAGUUAUCAACGAAUUGGGAGGCGAUUUGUCGUUGUAAUUGUUUGUUGCUCUGCUCAUUAAAUCUCUACUCUAUUAAGUUUUUGUAGUUCUCUCGGCUUAUGCAGUUAAAGAGUUUGGCCUUUAAAAUUUCCCAAUCUCACUGUAAAGUAGUCAAGUUGAUGUUAUUAAGAAAUCAAAUAGCACAUAGCUCUUGCUUAA